CAGCCGCUGACUUCCUGGGACAGACUGGUGGACCUCCCAAUCCUAUUGUCCUCAAGGAUCACAGAAAACCUGAUCCUAAAAUUUUAGAAAGUGGAUAACAAAGUUCAGGUUGAACUUGAAAGCUCAAGGGGUGUCCUGGUGAUGGACGGCUUUAAACAGAUGACUCGGAUUGGAAAGUCCACAGAAUCCAGAGAGUCACUGAUUGCCUCCAUGCAAGUAGACACAGGAGGAAGCGUUAUUUAUUUUUAACUUCUCUGGAGGGAAGGACGUCAUUUCAGCUUGGAGCAUCACUGGCAGCAGACUAAUACGGCUUCAGAAUGCAGGGUCAACUCGACAUGGAGGGGGCCCUGACGGCCAGGGACCGAGUGGGAAUCCAGGACUUUGUCCUCCUGGAUGAAACCACAGAGGCAGCCUUUCUCACCAACUUAAAGAAACGCUUCAGCAAGGAUCUCAUCUAUACUUAUGUUGGCACUUUAAUAGUGUCUGUCAAUCCUUACAAAGAGCUGGACAUCUACAGUAAGAAACAGAUGGAUACCUACAUGGGAGUCAACUUUUUUGAGCUUCCACCUCACAUCUACGCCUUGGCAGAUAAUGCCUACCACACUAUGCUGACAGAGUUCAACAAUCACUUCAUUCUCAUCUCUGGGGAGAGUGGAGCAGGGAAAACAGAAGCCUCUAAGAAGAUCCUGCAGUAUUAUGCUGUCAGUUGUCCCAGCACCACUCUACUAAACACUGUCAGAGACAAAAUGCUCAUGUCCAACCCUGUCCUGGAGGCUUUCGGGAAUGCCAAAACACUAAAAAAUGACAACUCAAGCCGGUUUGGGAAGUAUAUGGACAUUCAGUUUAAUAGCGAGGGGGAUGCUGUAGGAGGCCAUAUCCUGAACUACCUGCUGGAGAAGUCAAGGGUUGUGCAUCAGAAUCACGGGGAGAGAAACUUCCACAUCUUCUAUCAGCUGGUGGAGGGAGGAACGGACGACUUGCUGUGCCAGCUGGGCCUGGAGAGAGACGUCCAACAUUACAACUAUCUAACCCAAGGAGAGUGUGCCAUUGUGUCUUCCAUUAAUGACAGAAAUGACUGGAAAACAGUCAAGAAUGCACUGCAAGUCAUCAACUUUGAUGAGAUUAACACCAAUCACUUGUUUGGGAUCGUUGCGAGUGUUCUCCACUUGGGCAACAUUCAGUUUGACUCUGACAGUAAAGGCCAUGCCCUCCUGAACGACAACACAGAGCUGCACUGGGUCUCAGAUCUACUAGGUGUGGAUGUCCAGAAUCUCCAAGAGGGAUUAACAUUCAGGAAGAUUGAAGCCAAAAAAGAUCAGGUCCUCACCCCGUUCACAACUGAUCAUGCCAUCUAUGCCAGAGACGCCCUGUCCAAAGCCAUCUAUGGACACACCUUCACAUGGCUGGUCAACAGGAUCAAUGAGUCCAUGGAGAACAAGGAUCCCUCACGGAAGACCGUCAUAGGGCUUUUGGACAUAUAUGGAUUUGAGGUUUUCUAUGUAAACAGCUUUGAGCAAUUCUGUAUAAACUACUGCAAUGAGAAGCUGCAGCAGCUAUUUAUCCAGCUGACACUGAAAGCUGAGCAGGACGAAUACGAAGCAGAAAAUAUCGAGUGGGAGCCAGUUCAGUUCUUCAACAACAAGAUCAUCUGUGACCUGGUUGAGGAGAAACACCGAGGAAUCAUAUCUAUACUGGAUGAGGAGUGUCUCAGGCCAGGAGAUGCUACAGAUCUCACUUUCCUGGAGAGACUGGAAGAUAAAAUGGGAAAUCACCCCCACUUUGUCACGCACAAACUGGCUGACAAAAUGACACGUAAGACUCUGGAGAGGGGAGAUUUCCGUCUCUUGCAUUAUGCCGGGGAGGUCACCUACUGCGUUGUGGGUUUCCUGGACAAAAAUAAUGACCUGUUAUAUAGAAACAUAAAAGAUCUGAUGUGUCAGUCUAAAAAUGCCAUAGUCAAAGAGUGCUUCUCCACCAUGGAUCCAGACAGCAGGAAAAGGCCAGAAACAGUGGCGACCCAGUUUAAGAGCAGCCUGCUGAAGCUGACAGAGAUCCUCAUGGCUAAAGAGGCCUGGUACAUACGUUGCCUGAAAUCUAAUGAGUCCAAGCAGCCAGGUCAGUUUGAUGAAGCUCUGAUCAGGCACCAGGUGAAGUAUCUGGGCCUGAUGGAGCAUCUCAGAGUCAGACGAGCUGGUUUUGCUUACAGACGCAAAUUUGAUGUCUUCCUAAAGAGAUAUAAGCCCCUGUGUCCUGCCACCUGGCCACACUGGAGAGGUGAACCUGCUGAUGGAGUGGAAGUGCUGGUUCAACAUCUGGGCUACCUGCCACAUGAGUACAAAAUGGGAAGAACAAAAAUAUUCAUCCGUCACCCCAGGACACUUUAUGCCACAGAGGAUGCUUAUGAGAAAUGCAAACACGAGCUGGCAACACGACUCCAGGCCAAAUACAAAGGAUACAGAGCAAAGGGAGAAUUCAAAAAACAGAAAGAAGCCGCCACUAAAAUUGAAACUUGUUGGAGAGGAGUGCAAGCAAGGAAGGAGAAAGAGAAGAGAGCCUGGGCUGUAAAAGUCAUCAAGAAAUUUAUCAAAGGUUACAUGACCAGAGGAGAAGCAAAAAGCACGGACAACUCGGAGUACCUGGCCUUUGUGAGACAAAGUUACCUGAACAGACUUAAAGAAAAACUGCCAAAAACUGUGUUGGAUAAAACCACUUGGCUAACUCCACCAGUUGUGCUGCAAGAGACAUCAGAGAUCCUGCGUAAGCUUCACUACCGGCUUAUGGUGCGGAAGUAUGUGAGAGGAAUCACACCUCAGAAGAAGGCGCAGCUACAACUGAAGGCUACUGCCAGCUCCAUCUUUAAAGGCCAAAAGGACAGUUAUCCACAGAGUGUCGCUCAACCUUUUCUGGACACCAGAAUCAGUGAACAAGAAGUAAACAUGAGGGUUCUCCAGAUGAUUCGCAAUGAGCACAUUAAAUACAGCGUUCCAGUAAUUAAGUAUGACAGGAAUGGCUUCAAACCAAGACCCAGACAGCUCAUCCUCACCCAGACAGCUGCCUAUGUAAUAGAAGAAGCCAAGAUCAAGCAGAGAGUCCUGUACACGUCUCUCAAAGGGAUUUCAGUCAGUAACUUGACUGAUGGCAUCAUUGUGUUCCACAUAGCAUGUGAGGACCCUAAACAAAAGGGGGACCUCGUGAUGCAGUGCGACCACUUGUUUGAGUUUUUAACCAAACUGAGUGUCAUUGCUAAAAAGCAAAAUGCGAUCCAGGUGGUGAAAGGCAGCAUCAAGAUUGAAAUCCAGGCAGGGAAAGAGAGUGCAGUGGACUUCACAACUGGGCAGGAACCAAUGGUUUACAAGGCCAAGAAUGGACACCUCAUGGUGGUUGCCACCCGCACAAGGACACGGUAACGUGUGGGGCAGGAGACACACAAGAAGCCCCUGCAUAUUUCAUCAGGAGACCCCUAAGGAGAGGAUCAACACAGCUACUGGCUGCACAGUUGACCACAAGUUGUUGCAUUUGAGAAACCCUGGAUGAGCUUAGUUGGAUUAGGUUCAUUUUGUCGUUGUUACUAUAGGAUAGUGUUGCUUAUUUGAACCGACAAUUCAGUAAAGAAAAGUUGUAUUACCCUUGCUGACAUGUUUCGACAGAUUCUGACAGAUCUGUCAAACCAGUCACAUGAUAAAAAGGACACAUCACCAAACGUCAGAUGACGCUCUGAGGAAGACAGCAGAAGCUGUCGAAACAUGUCAGCAAAGGUAAUAACUUUUCUUAACUGAAUUGUCGGUUCAAAUAAGCAACACUACCGUAUUGUAUGAGCUUAGUUACUGGACAGAAACACAUUUGUCAUGCACACAUGAUAAUCAAAUGGCACUUUUACACCUAAGAAUAUAUAACUGCAACAAGAUGCUGGUUUUACUGUCUCUCUGUGCCUUCUCAAGGGUUUGUCUUGAGUGUUUUGAGCAUUUCAUUCAAAGCAAAGGCUCGCAGUUCAAAUAACUCCACAUUACUCAAACCGCUUUCAUGAUUGUGUAAUUCUGACUUCUGAAAAAUUAAGCCAUAUGUAUCAUAAUUUUGUAUGUCCACAGAUAAUAGGAAUAUGCAAAAUAAAAACAGAACAAAAUAA